ACACGGCACCGACCCCCGAGGGGACAGGGACACGGCACCGAUCCCUGGGGGGACAGGGACACGAUCCCCGGGGGGGACAGGGACACGGCACCGAUCCCCGAAGGGACAGGGACCCGGCACCGGUCCCCAGGGGGACGCCAGGCUGAGCCCGACCCCGGGACUCCCCAGUCAGAGCCCGGGAGGAGGCGAAGGGGGCCCUGGGCUGGAGCCCACGGUAGUCUGGCCGCACCCCCCGCCCCACGCUUUGGGGGACUCACGGGACACCCUCAUGUGUCCCCGCACAGCCCCGCAGCGCCCCCGGCCCCCCCGUGUUGCCCCUGAGCCCCCCGGCCCCCGGUGUCCGCUGCCCGCGGGGGCGGAGGUGUGAGGCAGGAAGAGCUCUGGGAGCGGCGAUGCUCUUUUCUAGGGGUUUUUGGGUUUUGGCCCCCCCGCCCCUGCAGCCCACGGCCCCGCUAUAAAAGGUGUCGGGCUGUCACCUGCUGUCACCCGCUGUCACCCCCUCAGCGGCUCGACAUGGCUGCCGAAAGCUCGGCCCUUCUUUUGGUGCUGGUGGCGGUCGGAGUGGCGCAGGCUGUGGCCCCCCUGCCCUGCCAGGGUGACCCCAUAUCGUGGUGCCAGGACAUGGCCAUGGCCACGCGCUGUGGCCUGGAGCGGCAGUGCCAGGACCUGCGGGACAGCCUGGCCCUGGGGGACGAGGCCGACGGGGACGACGUGGGGCUGGGCCGGAGGAUGAAGUGCAGCCUGUGCACCAAGGCCCUGAAGAAGAUACAGACGCUGGCGGGUGACAACCCUGACGAGGCGGCGGUGGCGGCGGCGCUCAAGAAGGGCUGCCGGUUGCUGGGCCGGCUCCUGGGCAAGCAGUGCCAGAAGCUGGUGAGCCGGUAUCAGGAUCAGAUCAGCCAAGGGCUGCAGGAUGGGGACACGCCCCGCGACAUCUGCACCGCCAUGGGCUUCUGCAAGGCCUGAGCGUGGAUGCAGCCCCAAGUACCCCACGAACACCAAUGUCCCCCCAGCCCGUGAUGCCCUCCAGCCCUGACACCCCCUCCCCCACAAUAAAGUCCCUGCUCUGGC